CUAACCGGUGAAAUCUUAAGAGAGAAGAUGGGGAAUGUCAUGGAAGGGAAGACAGUGGAGGAGCUGAGCAGCACUGAAUGCCACCAGUGGUACAAGAAGUUCAUGACCGAGUGUCCAUCUGGCCAGCUCACGCUGUAUGAGUUCAGACAAUUCUUUGGCUUGAAAAACCUGAGUCCCUCAGCUAGCGAGUACGUCGAGCAGAUGUUUGAGACAUUUGACUUCAACAAGGAUGGUUACAUUGACUUUAUGGAGUAUGUGGCUGCCCUGAGUCUUGUCUUGAAAGGGAAAGUGGAACAGAAGCUUCGCUGGUACUUUAAACUGUACGAUGUGGAUGGCAAUGGCUGCAUUGACCGAGCGGAGCUGCUCAACAUCAUCCGGGCCAUACGCGCCAUUAACCCUUGCAGCGACACAACCAUGACUGCGGAGGAGUUCACCGAAACAGUGUUUGCCAAGAUCGACGUCAAUGGGGACGGCGAGCUGUCUUUGGAGGAGUUCAUGGAGGGCGUCCAGAAAGACAAGAUGCUGCUGGAUACGUUGACCCGAAGCUUAGACCUGACGCAUAUUGUCCGCAUGAUACAGAGCAACGGACAGAGCGCGGACCCCGCGCAAGGGGAGGAGGGGGCCGCGGGGUGAGCCCGGGGGGUCCGGGCUGCCUCCUCCGAGGGCUCCGUUUGUGUUGCUUUUUUAAAAAAAAUACAGAUUAUGCAGCGCUUACUUACGCGGGUUUCAGUUAACUCAUUUCGGGGUGUUGGUGGGCGGUCGGGCAGCGUGGAACAGUGGAUAGAGCGCUUGAUUUGGAAUUAGGAAGGUCUAGAUUUGAUGCUUGCCUCAGACACUGCUCAUGACACUGGGCAAAAACUUUCUUAAAUGCCCAUUUUCCUCAUUCACAAAAUUAAGGGGUUGGACUCAGUCCCCUUAGUCCCUUUUGGUUCUAAAUCUAGGAUCCUGUGAUUGAUUUCCUGAGGUCUCAUUCACAGGACAUGA